AUGGGAGAUUGCAGGAGAGUAGGUGUGGCGGUGGAUUUCUCGCCGUGCAGCAGGAAAGCCUUGAGAUGGGCGGUGGAUAACGUCGCCCGGAGCGGCGAUCACCUGAUUCUCGUCACCGUACAGCCCGAGGGCUACUACGAAUCCGGCGAGAUGCAGCUUUGGGAGACCACCGGUUCUCCUUUGAUUCCUUUAUCCGAUUUCUCGGACCUCCAACUCAUGAAGAAAUAUGGUGUCCAACCUGAUCCUGAAACAUUGGAUAUCGUGAAUACUGCAUCGAGGCAGAUAGAGAUCACCGUGCUCUUGAAAAUAUUCUGGGGGGAUGCUCGAGAAAAGAUAUGUGAAUCAAUUGAUAAAAUUCCCCUCGAUUGUCUGAUCAUCGGCAAUAGAGGCCUUGGCAAACUCAAGAGGGCUAUUAUGGGUAGUGUUAGCAACUUUGUGGUGAAUCAUGCUCCAUGUCCCGUUACUGUCGUAAAGAGCCAUGACUAA